AUGAACAUGCACGAUAUACCCGCGGAGCUUCUGCUAUACAUCUUCACGACCAUCGCCAAGGACCCUCCAGACAAAGACGAUCCGGUCGUCGUUGGCACUGUCCUCUCAGGCGUCUGUCGCCGAUGGCGCGAGCUUGCUACAUCGUCUCAGGAACUAUGGAGCACCUUACCUCGACGCAGUGCUACCUUUACCGACCUGUGUCUUACGCGCUGCACCACAGCACCCCUCAAUGUCGUUAUAGAGACGCUUUUCCUUAGAAUGGAAGAUAGGCGUCUAGCCUUCCGCGCAAUCUACCCACACUGUAGUCGAGUGAAACGACUAUCGCUCACAGUGCACGAGUCCCGUCUCUACAGAUACGAAACGUACCCCAUUGAACUGAGCGAGCUAGCGGAUGCGUUUCAAGCACAGCUGCCGGACGCGCUGGAGGAUUUAGCACUAAAGUUGGUGACCUACCCGGGCGAUGCGCACGGUCCUCCACAGCAUAUGCCCACAGAGAUAUCCGGGGCCCUUCUCCCCCCAUCCCUACGCCUCUUCGCGUGUAGAAACGCCAUUCUACCACACGAUCUUCACCUGAAAUUCACCAAUCUGCGCCACGUCGACUUCGUUCGGGUCGAGGCUUGGCAUAACGUCGAGGGCAUGGUGGCCUUCUUCCAAUCCAUGCCACUGCUCGAAUCUUUCUCGCACACAAACUUCAUCUCUAAGAACAUCCACUCCAUGUUGACUCCAGGCGCGCUUCCGGCUCCCCGCAGCGUGCGAAUGAAACAUCUGCGCGAGUUCAAGAUGGUGGGCUUGACUGUCUGCGCUUUUGCCGCGUUCAGCUGCCUGGACUUCCCGCCAUCUGCGACGCUCAUCAUCAAAGACGACGAUCCCGGCUUCUCGAACGAAUUCAUUCUGACCUCGGGGCUUCAACUUACCCCGCGGUACAGGCAGUUCCUGGCUAGGGCCAGUUCGGCUUUGCAUCACCACUUUGCUGGCGCUAUCGCCCGCCAGGUGCAUUAUGACGCCGUACGCCUCGAUGAGGAUGUCAUCAGCCCGCUUGUCGCCCAUAGCGAGUCCUCGAAUGCCACUAUCGACCCACCUUACGACAACGUUCUUCCCACACCGGGAAACCUGGAGCUCCAGCUGCCCUCGAUAGCGGGAUUCGACACCCCCGACUAUUUUCCCGAUCUGGGAGCCGAGAUCGCCAAAUAUAUACUGCCGAUUUUCUCAGCAGCGAGCGUCGUCGAGCUCGGCGAUUGGGUCGAGCCAUGCGAAACGGACGCAUUCACAUCCGCUCGCACUAUGAUCCUCAAGAGUGCGUCCGCUAUGGAGUCGUUCUCGCACGGUCCCUGCCGCACUUCCCUGGAACACGUUCACGUCGUCGGCGUGGACUUCUCUGAAAGUGAAAGUGAUGAGGUAGAGGGAUGUGUGAAAGUCGCCGCCAGACUGCGGGACGUCGAAAGCGAGGCCCGUCUUACACUUGCGAAAGGUGGCUUAUCGGAGCAGGUAUUGGAAAAUAUACGUGGUAUUCUGGUAUCACGGGUGGUUAUCUCCGAGGACUAA